ACUGCGCUCCACUUCCAUAGCAACCUCCGGGGAGACAACAUUUAUAGGCGGCUGCCAAAGCACUAGGAGCGACUUUCGGCUCUGCCUACCGUCCGGUGACCAGCGACCCCUGCAACUGAAAGGGUCUUAAUUUCAACCACAAACUUCAUGCGGCUACAAAAUGCUUAAGAUUCUUACUACAGAACCUCCGGAUAUAUCGGACGACAACUUCGAGCCGUACCUGGCCUUUGAUGACCUCCUGGUGCACUAUUUCAAUGAGUUUUUAAAUCUUCUGGGGCUUCCUGAACCUUUAAUGUUCAACAAGCACACUGGGGCUUUUGAGGUUGUCAGUGAUGUUGCAGAGUCUGUAUCGAAGAGGAUAAAGUCUGCACUGUUAAAGUAUAAAUCUGACCCACUCCCCCACAGAACAUUACUUCCCCCCUACACUUUGCCUGACAAUACCUACACAGUGCAGUGUUUGGAUCGAGAACAAGGAGUGCAGUGGAUAAAGAAGGAAAGGCUUCCUUUAUUUCUGAGAAGUGAUUACUACUUCGAAUAUAGGCUGGCUAAACUGCUGUCUCAGGUGGACAAUGUCAACUCGAGUCAGAGGCUGCUGGUGGACCCCAUGUACCGGCCCUGGGCAGUGAGCCCAGAGACCAAAGCCUGGUCCUCUGGGAAAGAUGGGAACAGAUUACUCGGGACAAUGCACUACGCCUCUCUCCGCCAGCAAAGUCAGGCCUUGCUCAGCACCCAGUCAGUCCAGGAUCUUAUGUGUUACCUGAAGGAAGGAGGUCCAGUCAGCCCAGCAACAGACCCUGCUAGCAGCCAUGGAUUCCCACCAUCCUCCUCUAAAAACCCAGAAACGGAACAACCCACCUUUGCCUCCUUGUUCUUGGACUGUGAAGCACAGAAGCACAUCAGACCUAUGGAGACCAGGUUGACCGGCCUCACCUCCAGAAGCAGUGGAGCUACGGUGAACAUGGGCACAUCUUUUGCUCAGGGGGUCCUAAGGGGUGCUGUCUCUGAGGAGGAAGGCAAACAGAACUGCAAGGCUUAUGGGUCAGGGUCAUCACUUCAGGAACCAACAGAGCCAUGUGUUGAAAACCUCCUUGGUGGGGCCCCAGUCACUAACCCUACUCAGCCAGCAGAGGAGAGUGUAACCUCAGAGACGGUCAACAAGGAAGACGAGAGUCACGAUGACUAUAGUCUCCUUGAUGAUUACCUCCAUGACUCCUAUUAUGGCCUAGAGGAAUUUAAAAGCUUUCUACAGGGAACACCAGGAGAGAAACUCUUCUACCUUUGGAUGGAUAUUGAACGACUAAAAACUCUUCAGAACCAACAUAGCAAAAACAGACACCUGGUUCAGAUGAAAGACCAGUACUUGCUGAGCGCUGGACCCUACACACUGAGUGUGGAGCUGCUGUCCAGGCUGGGAAUAACCAGCACCCUCUGCUGGAGGGAGGACAAAUUACGUCUUGUCCAGGCACAGAUAACAAAGUCCCUGCUCCUCUACUGGUGCCCGAGGUUCUGGAUGGUCUGCUCAACCCAAAGUGAAGGCAGCGUGCUUGACAUGAGGCUCUGGAAAGAGCAGCUGCUGUGGCCGCCAGCAAGCUUCGACCGUUACCCCGGGGCCCUCGCCGUAUGCUCUGGGCUGCACCGUCACCCCAUGUCCUGGAACGCUCCCUCUACUUCACCGGUGCUGACUGGGAAGGCUGAUUUCCAGUGGAGGCCCCUCAGGCCACCGAAGCAUUCGGCAUGGAGUGUUAGUCUGCAGCCUGUGUCAACCAGUACACAUCCCAUAAGGCACUGGGCUCCUUCAAUCAAGUGCCUGUCAAGUGCUGUUGAGUGCACUUUAGAGGAGAUUCCACCCUUGGAUCACAGUGCAAAGAGGGAGAUGCAGAUCAUUGAAGAGCCAGAGGCAGGUGGGGCCAGCACGGACGACAUGCUGCGGGCCCUGCGCUGCGGGCCGCAGGCGGGGUUCUGCUUCCUGCGCUUUUGCGAGCGUUCAGGAAACCAGCUGUGGCAGAAUGCCAUCCAUUUUUGGUCUGACCUGCAGAGGUACCAUAGUCUGUUCUUCCUGGACGGGCCUGAUCCCUUCAAACUGCAGCGGCAGGCACAGUUCCUGUACUCCACAUACCUGUGCUCCAAAGCACAGAUGAGCAUUGGGGCCGGGGAAGACUGCAGACGGCUGGUGUAUGCUGGCCUGAGUCCGCCCUUUGAGGAGUUAUUUGACCAAGCGGAAGAGCAUGUUUUGACUGUUCUUCGGGAGCCCUGGAGACUGCUGGUUGCAGAGGAAGCCUGUGCCUUUAAGAGGGUUGGUUUGCAGAAAGAGACCCGGUAUGUGGACACACCACACUACAGGAAAUUGCAGGCUUUACACAGGAAGUACCAGAGCAGGUUGAAGCAGAGCACACUGGAAGAGAACCAGCCUCCGUCUCAAGAGCCAGUCUUAAAAGACCCCGACUUGUGGGAGAAGGUUCCAGAGGAAUUCCGUAGAUACCGUUUUGGGUCCAUAUUGCGCCACCGUCUGGAAAUCCAGCACUUCCAGUCCUUCCUUGAGGAGAACUCUGCCAUCAUGGACCUGGCCUGCUGGUUGGAUGUUGAGCAGCUUCGGAAGAUUCCUCAGAAGGACAAAGCGCAGAGGGAGGACAGCUGUAAGGCAUUCAGGAGUAAAUACCUGAACAGGAAGUACUACUUCGGGCCUGGCAGCCCAGCGAGCAGAGAGGAACAGGAAGAGAUGACUCGCCUGUGUGGCGGCUGGGGGCGGAUCCUCCGUUGCCGCCUCUCGGCGCCCGCGCUGGCGGAGGUGCAGAGCCAGGCGAGGCGGCGCAUCGAGAGGAAGUGGCUGCCCCUCUUCCUGGCCACUCCACAAUUUGCAGAGCGCCAGAGGUCACAGGUAAAGGAUGUGGAGGACCAGAUGUUCUUUCGGAACCGGAAGAAGAAGGAGAUGUGGAAGCUCACGGACAGUGCUUGGAUGGCGACAUCCAAAGAGAUCCUGGCCUUCCGCAAGGCACUGCUCAACCCAGUCACCUGCUGGCAGUUUCAGCACUUUGUGUCCCUCAAGGGGGACUUCCUGGAAAACGGGGUGCUCUUUUGGCUGGAGGUGCAGAAGUACAAGGACCUGCACCACUCGCACUCAGAUGAAGCCACCAUCCAGAAGAAGGUGGAUGCUAUCAUCAGCUGCUUCAUUGAUUCCUCCAUCCCACCAGCGCUGCAAAUCGGCAUCCCUGCUGUGCAGGCGCGGGACAUCCUGCAGCGCAGGAUGGAGCUGGGGCCCUAUGUGUUCAGAGAGGCCCAGAUGACAGUCCUGGGUGAGCUGUUCAAGCUGUGGCCACAGUUCCUGGCUUUCAGGAGCAGUGUGGAGGAUGCACAGGUGCUCCCCCUGCUGGAGAGCUAUAAGGAAGCACAGCAGUGGGAAAUGAAGCGCCAGAGAGAAGGGAAACAGGCACAGGAGGAGGCGGAGAGGCAGAAUUUGAGCUUUGGUGAGGGUCUGCUGGGGGAUUCCGGCAGCCAGGAGGAUUUGACAAUGGGGACAGGAAGCAGCGAUUCGGCGCUGCCCACGCGGCUGGUGUCCUGGUCCUAUUCCAAGUACAUGGUGGCGCUAGAGCAGGAGAGACUGCUUCUCAGGAGACACGUCAGGCCAGAGCAGGAAGCGGACACCGUCCCCAGAACAGAACCGCCUCCUGGGUGCAACGGUCGGUCGAAGGGCACGAGGCGUCGCCAGGUCCGGAUCUCCAUCCCGUUGGUUCCGGGGCGGUCGCCGCCGGUCCAUGGCGAAGAUGCCCCGCCUGCUGCUGACUCCAGCUGCUGGGGAGAUUGAUGUGAACACAAGUGGAGAGAUCGAGCAGAGAGAAAGGGAAGGCAGGAUGCUACCGGCUCCGGGACAGCAGGCGGCCCACACACAGUGGUCCCCAGUGUAACUCCAUUGUUCAGAAAGGGUUCCCUGUUUCUCUAGAAUGACCAUCAACCUUUUCCCAUUCCUACUUCCACACCAUAAAGAAAUGCUUCGUGUGGCGAUAGGAAAUGGAUUUAAAAGUGAGGAGCUGGCUGUAGUAUAUGGUAACUACGUCACCUUUUCAAUAUUAAAAUAUAUUGGUCUUAAGGCCAUUUUUCAUUGGACCAAUUUAGGGGGGUAAAUAUAUAUUGCUGCAAUGUUUAUUUGGGAACAAUCAGCCAUGGGAAAAAUUCAACCGUGGAUGGGAAUUGAUGUGUUAGUCUAAUCCACCUGAAGAUGGUAUAAACACUGUAAAUAUGUAGUAAGCAUAACAUUUCACUUAACCAGUUUCUUCAAUUUCUGAUUAGCUACUUUACUGAAUAGAAAUGAGGAUGAGCAGUGCUGCCUGUGCCUGUCUGCAAGUCAUCUCACAUGGCUGAGGGAAUGGAGAACAGGCCAUGGCGCCCUCCAGUGGCCAACUUUCGGGAACACUGAGGCAAAACGGAAAGCAAACAUUCUGUAAUGCUGAGACUAAUCAAACGUUCCAGAACAUGAAGAAUAAAAGAAAAGUAAACAUUCUAGAAGCCUGAAACUAAAGGCUAAGUAAAUAUACUGGAACAGAGAAUAAGACGAUAGCAAAAUUUCUGGAAUAAUCAGACUAAAGACAAAGCAAACAUUCUAGAGUGCUGAGACGAUAGGGCAAGAAACAUCGUAGAACACUGAGACCAGAGAGCUAAUGUCGGCCGUGGAACAGCGGCAUGCAGCCAUGCACCAGUAGCCUGAAGCAAAAAUGUACACAAGAUAUAUAGUUAAUUUUGUAACCUACCUGUAACAAAAUUGAUACUUGUGCAAAAUGAGAAUGCGUGUAUUUUUUUAUUACUAUAGCAUGAAAACUUUUUACACAAAGUAUUAACUGAGCAUUUCAGAAAUAAAUCUAUAAUAACUUGGAUCAAUUUAAUCAAAAACAUAUCAUACAUUGUAGUAUUCUUAGCUUGAAAUGUCAUCCUGAUAGUUAUUGGAUACCCAAGUACACAAAUAUAUGGUAUUUUCUUUUUUUUAAAAAUAAUUCCCACCUUUAAGUUCUCAUUUUAUUAGAAUUAAAUAUGCAAAUAUGUAACUAUAUAAGAUUGUCAUCUCUAUGUUCCAUUAAAAGCAUUAUAUGUUUUACAAAACUUCUCUUACAUAAAGCUUAGUGUCAACAUUUUUAGAAAGCCAACAUUAAUACAUUUUCUUCCAGAAAGCAGACUUGGCAAGACGAAUGUAAAAAAAUUACAUUUAUACUAUAUUUACUUAAUGAGUGUGAA